AUGCUGUUGCGGCAAACGGCGAGAGGAGCUUGCGGAGGAGUGACCCAUCGCAACCGCAAAUUGGAACUUGAGCAAAAGGCCUUCCUUAUGCCCAAAGCCCUGUGUCUUUUGGCCGGCCGCCUGGAUGGCAAACUGGCGAUUGUCACUGGGGCGAACAGCGGGAUUGGGAAGCAAACAGCCGCCGAACUGGCCAGACGAGGCGCGAAGGUGAUUAUGGCCUGUAGAAACAAAGAGCGAGCAGAGAUGGCACAGAAAUGGAUCCUCGACUGCUACUCCGAAGGAAAGCCUGAGGCCUUGACAAAGAAUGUCGCUAAUGAGACUGUCAAGAAGUGUAUCACGCCGGUGAAGCCAGAGCAGGUAGGCAGGAAAUAGGUGUGUAUCCUUAACAAUUCCUCUGCAAGUUGUAGCUCAUGAUUAGUGUACAAACCGGUCACGUGCCCAUUGCUUUUCAAGUGUCACAAGGCGGUCGGAAGGUCGAACACAUCCUUAGUUCAUAGGAGAGGUCAGUUGUGAUGCAACGUCAAACGUCCAAAAGGCUUUUGAACAAAUAAGCCCCAACGUAUCCCGUAGAGAGUAGGCUGGCAAACAUGCCACGAGCAUCAAUGCGGACAGAAAACUAAUUGACAGCUGGUUCCUGCAGCCGUCCUGUGGUCCCUAGGUCCCUAACGAGAACAUUCCCGCUUCAUCGCUCAUAACUGGCUUCACUAAUGCCUUCGCCAUGGAAUAAACUAUAAGACGAAUCCAGGCGUAGCACGUUUUUACGGUUAAGCGUUGCUGCCUUCAAAGGGUUGGUGUGAAGAGGUGAACAUGAUAUUAAAACCAGACCAUGGAGUCGUGGGGGACUCAUGUGUGUGCGCAAUGUUAAAUUGCAAAAGGACCUUUUCAAAACCGAGUUAAGCAUAACGGUGAACCUGUCAACAACAGCCCUGCGAACAAACAUCCUGCUAUGCUUCGAUGCAAUGUUGCCCGCCCCCGCCAAUAUGAAACGCGUGAUUAUUUUUGCUAUGUUCUAGUGAAAUCAAUUCACUGCAGAUUUUAAGGUAAGAUGAAGCCCGGAAUUUACAAAAACAGAAACUGACACAGAGACGAAGAACUAUUCGCCGUUAGAGACCACAAAGAUAACAGAAAUAGAAGCACAAAAGUUGUUACAAUGUGGAUCAGGAGCGUUGUUCUGAGACCAAGGGAAUGGAAGGAUUAGCCAGAAAUUAUUGAAUGAUGGAUAAGGUUUGAUAAAAGGCAGAGAAUACUGAUAUGGAUAUUUCGACAGACAAAUCCAUAUUUCGAAGAAAUCGAUCAAAUUAGAAACCCCAAACUCACUUUGUAUGAAUUCGACCUCAAACUGUGAAUGCUCAGCGAUGAUACCUACGCAACCAUUGAAGAACUAAAAGUUGGCGAAGGUGAAGGUACGUUUUUGUUUGUCCAUAAUCAGGCCAGUACGUUAAUAUAAAUCAGGGUAGCAUGAAGUAAUUUCUGAAAGUAAUGGGGGAGAGUUUAUGAUGUCUAGACAUGUUCAAACAAGGGACAAUGGUUGCGGUCUCGUCCGGUCAGGGGCAGAGGGAGGGGCUAAUGUGUCAGUGGGUUGUGCUUGUGGUUCAUCGCUGUAACGCGGCGUAUUAGGACGCAGGUAAGAACAUGCGGGGCUCAACCUUGGCCUGGGGCUUGAACAAACGCCUCCUGAGAGCACAGGUUUGGGUUGGCUAACCCUAUGGGCACCGUCGCAUGUAUCCGGUGGUGCAGGAAUUUGGUGUUCUUCGCCGACACUUUGUAGGUGAUUCGACGGGCUUGACUGAUGUCUACUCGUUGCCUCCUAUCAACCAAAUGUUCGCCAGAUAGGAACUUUUCAGUCCCUCAAUUUAACUAAACAGGAUGGUGUUCUCGCAUUUGUUUGGACAGGCACCUUGUCAUUCGACCAAAAUAACCUGUGUCACAGGAGAAAGUCAGGAGGAAGAUGCGCAUUGCAGAAGUCUGAAAGGACAGCCCAUCCUUACCUUUUAAAGCGAAGAAGCGAAGUUCUUGAGAAAAGCAGGUCUAUCUUCACUGGUUGGUACGUGGGUUCAAUAGCCGAACUCGAGAAAGGCAGAAUUUCACUGGUAAGGUCUCCUCUAAACAGCAAAGUUACUUAUAACUCCUUCUUUUCAGCUGUCGGCGCCUCCGUUUAUAAUGGAUAUCCUUGCACAUAAACGGUGUUUCUUAUGAAGACGAGUUAAUUAACCAGCAUCUCUGGAUAGCACAUUCAUCCAGGUCAGUUAGUUGUCGGAAAAUAAUUGUGAUUAGGCAAAGAAGCAUAGUGUGCGCGCCAAGACGUAGGGAAUUGCGUUCCGUUAAUUAUUAUCCAACAUGAUUUCUCAUUUACUUGCUUCGCCACUUCCGGAGCUUCCUUUUCCUUCAACACUUUCAAUGAUUUACAUGUUUGAGACCUAGCUCCUCCAUCAUUUGGCUUUAUUAGAAUUAUAUUUCUCAUCAGCUACGCUGACCCAAGUCGGUCAGUUUAGCUGCAAACAAGUCGCUUUGUCAGAAUUUCUAAUUUACUUCCAGACUUUUAUUCUUGCAGUGGGUUGGGAUUUUAUGUUUCUUCUGGCAUCACUGUAGCGUCUAGUAUAUCUAGAAAAUGUCCGAGCAAUUGCACUACAAAUAUAAACUAACUAAUAGAGAAAAUUGGGGAAACAGACGUGAACGACGCACAGAUGUUUGGUGGUGUUCGCUGAAUUACCCUAAGCCAUUAUACAUAGCCCGCACCGUACGCGAAUAGAAUCGUCUCUCCUCACGUUGUGCUCCUUGUCUUCUCCCUAGUUGCUAAUCGAAGAAGUGGACAUGUCUUCCUUCGCGUCGAUUAAGGCAUUCGCGCAACGAAUAGUUGCCCGCGAGGCGCGCAUCGACUUCCUCAUCAAUAACGCCGGCGUCAUGGCUUGCCCCUACGCGGAGACAGAGGACGGCCUGGAGUUGCAAAUUGGCACGAACCACUUCGGUCACUUCCUCCUCACUGAACUCUUGAUGCCGGCUAUCAGACGAGCGGCACCUGGCGCUCGCAUCAUCUGCCUCUCCUCAGUCGCCCACAAACACGGUGAGGUAGGUUAUAUAUAUCGCUUUAACGUGUCAUUGCGACUUUGCGUUAAGUCGCGAUUCCCGCCAUCCUUGCUUCUCAAAUGGCUACACCAGAUAAGAUUGCUGAAACGCUGGCAAUCUGAUAAUCCCAUGCUAUGUUUUCUCCUUUGGAAUAGCGAAGUUUGCAGACCCACUGGGGCUUCUUCCCAGAGCGAUAGCAAUCUUAGCUACGCUUACAACACUACAGGAGUUUUAUUAGGUUUCAAACCUUCAAACGCAGACCAUAGGCCUGACUGUCUCGGAUGUCUGACUAUUAAUAACUUUGUUCCCGAGGGUUCCAAUAAAUACCAAGGUUUUAUAUCAGUUGGAGGUUUUCCGAGGAGGCUGCUCUGCUGGAUGUGCUGGUAAACGGUGGGAACCCACAUGACCACGCUGGAGUGAAUCCAGACUCCUUCUCCGAAGACUUACAGAGUUAAUUGCUCUCUCCAACAUGCUGGUGCGUUAGCUGCGCCCUGUCUAACCGUACAUUACGCCACAUCCCGUUUACCAACUAUUUUAAAGACAUCAAGCAAUGUCCGGGACCUACUAAUCCAGUGUAGGUUACCAACCGUCUGGUGCGAUGACAGUGAGUUACUAUGUCCGUAGGUUAAUUGACAGUCAGCCUUGUGUGUAGCGGCCGACUGGUGGACUAAAAGUCAGGCGGUAAUGACGUCUUCUCAACGUGAACUCCGGCACUCUCGCGCAUGUAAGACCCAUGCCCCCACGCCCUUUUGCGCGAACUUCUGGUGCUUGUGUUUUAGAGCCAGGUCGUGCGUAUGGCACGCGCAGACAAGGUCAUUAGAUUAUGUCAGCUACUGCGCCCAUUCCCCACACCUGUCAACUGACCAGCCCCGACAGUGACUGGGGCCUGGGAAUGGGAAGAGACAGUGGGGGCGACGACUCAGCGCAUUAUCCUCACAACAAACAAUCUGAAGCGCUUGAAGCUAUCACGAUACACUAAAAACCGUAAAUUGGAAGUUUUGCCAAGAAUUCUAUGAGGUAGCAUAAAUGUUACUCAUGAUCGUUUUGUUGAGGCAAUGCUCCUCUCGUGGAAAUAGCAUACAAAGUUAGACUUCCGAGGCAAAUCUAGGCAUAAUAGGCAAACGUCAGUGGCAAUACGUCGGGCACAGAGAAUGGUCUGCAGAUUCCUUUAAUCGAACUUUUCGGGAAUGCAGAUUCUGAUAAGGAAGGAGAUAACAGUCAAGAGACAUUCGUUUCGACACGGAAUCGAACUGCCGACAUCUCGAAUCUGUUCCGGGCACACGAGUUCUGAGUUACUUCUGCAAAGGAUACAUGAUACAUCAUACUUGACGGCGCAUGCACUGCCUUUUAGCUAGUGCCUCUGCUUUCACUUAUGCUGUAUCAUUUAAUCUGUGUAUAUACCACUGGGCGCCUGUUGGCAGUUUAUGAAUAUCACGAGGUCAUUCCGCUGUGGCUGACGGAGUUCGACCCAAAUAUUCAUAUCAACUUUCGGUCUGAGUCUAGAAAGUUCAAAUCAUACUGAUUUCCUUCAGGUUAGCGAUUAAUUUCUGAGGUAAGCCACAAACCGGAACUCUCUCUGUCAAUUCUGUCGGCUGUGUGAUUUAAUCGACAUUCUCUUCUUCAGAAUUCACAGACACCAACCUGAUAUAAGUCUGAGGGGGUAGGCGCACGAAACUGUAACUGACAGCCCCUAGUGCACUUGAUGUAGUGUGCAAAUUAAGCUGGAAAUAAAACGAAAACACUUUAGUAAGGCUAAAAAACGUCUAGAUAAAAAGUAGGCUUGUUUUGCGGUUCAAGAAGAGGGGACUAUCGAUUUGCCCAUAGGGCUUGCAGAUACGGUUGGAGUGGUUAAAACGCAGAGAUUACCGCGUGAAUUGGAAGGUUGUGGAAGCGGAAAGGCUCGCGGUUCGAUUCGACCUCACAGCAAACGUCGUCUGACCUUGACGUAUCAUUUCUCCAGAAUUUGAGCGUUAAUUUUAAUGUCUUUUGUCUUCAUUGUAGAGUCGGUUAUUCAGAGGCUCCUUGCAAACUUUAUAAAACACUAUGAUUAGCAUUAUAGUCAGUACGACAGUAAAGGUCGCCUCUUUUUGCGAACGAUCAGAUUGACACCACCGACAUGAACCUUCGUGGCAAGAAGUACGGACGCUGGAAGGCCUAUGCGCAGUCAAAGCUGGCCAAUGUGAUCCACGCCAGGCAGCUGGCCAUACGUCACAAAGACGAAGGCAUCGUUGCCGUUAGUGUUCAUCCAGGAGUGGUGAGGACGGAUCUUUACAAGGGCUUUAUGGUAAGUAGCCUAGCAGACGAAAAUCAAAACUUCACUAGCAGUCUAAUAAUAAUAAUAAUUUUUAUUCAAGACCCGCAGGAGUCCGUUCAUAGCAAGUAAGAAUAACUUUUACAUUAAUUUUAGAAUUUUAGAAGAGUUAUACAGAUUUUACACAAAACUUAAUUCAUAGUUAUUGAAUAAGUAGUAUGUUACGAAGAAUGAUGACCGAGCAGUGAAAAAAACUCCUAACAUAUAAACAAAAUGAGUAUGACUGGAUUAACACUAUAGGAGAAAAAGCUAUCGCUUCUGAAUGUAUAAAAAGCAGGCAGGACCGGCCUCCAUGUGGCAGUGUAUAACGGAUUUCAUGAAGGGGUAAGUAGGCGGAUAAGGCAGGACUGGACUGUAUGUGGCAUUGAGUAAAAGGUUCGAAACCGGCAUCAUCAAAGCAGAAUACAUAUGCCGAACGAGGCCAUUCAUGUCAAAAAGGCCAAUAGAAAACCAGUCUCGAGGCGAUGGGAACCGAGAUGCGAUCGGUUACAGUCAGCUUCGAGUCCAGCCCAGGAAGGGGCAAGGGAGAUGCGACCAGGCUACUAGUAUAUAGCCAAUACAGAGGGUUCCGCCAAGAGCGUCGAUAGGGCGCAUUCUGUGAGGUGCACGUUGUAUGAACUGAAAAAUCGAAAAAAAUUAACAUUUCUGAUGAGGGACCCUAGAAAGCGAUACUACACACAAAAGAAGGAAAUGUGAGCGGAUACUGUGGCUUUGAAAGAGGCAUACCACUAGAAGUGUCCUUCUGAGGUAAAAGUCUCUGCCAGUCAUCACCUCAUCACGGGGAAAGGUAUAGCUUAGAAGACAAUAGGAAGUGAUUACUGAGCAAAAAAGCGAUAGACAUUAGUGCAGCUACAAUAGCUUCAAAGCAAUGGGACAAAUCAAUACCAACAACAUCAACAAGAAAGGCUUAAACGGAAAUCAAGUCCAUGACUUAGGAACAAAAGUUUAUACUUCCGCUUAGACAAACUUCGAGAACAGGAUAUUUAAAGCGCAUCUGAAGUCAUAUAGUUUCGCAAAUAGCAGAUGGACCGUAUUUUAAACUCAGGUGUAAUGAAUACCAUGAAGGGGGGAAUAUGAAAUCGGUGCCGAAGUGUGCCGUUGUCUAGAGAGGUAACUACCUCUACGAAACAUACCACCCUUCUUGGUUUCUCAGCAAACCAACCAUUUUUCUAAUGGAAUUACCAUUUCUUUGAAAUUUACAGUCUGUACAUCCCCACACUCGACAUUUUGCACGUGAUUAACCUUCACUGCCAGCUAUAACUUUUAGACUAUCGUCAACGGUUUAAAUUUAACUGAUAUGCGACUGUAUCAUUUAACAUCGCUUGCAUAUUGGGGCCACACUUAAGACUUUCACAGACUUUGUCGACUCGCUGCUAAUCUAAGACCAAACAACAAAAAGGAAAAAUGUCAUUUUGUUGGGUACCAAACAGGACAAUUUUGGCCGGUGUUCAUUUGUCCAACCAAAAGUAGAUAAGGUUUGUACAGCUGUACAAAGGGAAAACUGUCCGAAAACAAUUUCCUAAAGUAGUUAUAGGAAAGAUGGGAAAAUUAUUAGCUUCUGAUGAAGAUUCUGCGUCCUACACAAUUGCCUAAACCUUUGCCUGGAGUAAGGAAUCCCCCCUGAAUGCCAACGUGCAUUUCAAGGGAACCGCGGAAACGCCGAAAUGAUCCUGGCGACUGGUCAACUGCAAGAAAGUAACAAAAGUGGGGAUUGGCCUCUAUGCCAUCUUAAGGAAUUUGUCAGAGCUUCGACGUAGACAGCCCCAGUGAACUUCGGAAAAUCAUGCUGAAAUUCGAGUGUCCGGAUCGAUUCACGAAAAUGGUGGCACAUAUUACAAAAGAUGGAUCGGUCUCUGAAGCAUUCAUGGUGACAAACGGGUUGAAGCAGGAUUGUGUACUGGUACCCCCCCCCUCCUCAUCGUUAGCUUGAUAUUUUCCGCAUGCUGAUGGGCGCCUAACGUGAGGGAUGGGCAGAAAUCAACAUUGCCUAAUAAACGGCCGAACAGUUUCUCGACAUCCGAAGUAUGCAGGCAACCACGUGAGUCUGCACGAUCAGUGCUCACGCUCUUCUGUUCGCGUGUGACUGCGCGCUUAGCGCCUUGACGGAAGUAUGCCUGCAACUGAGAGGGAGCCUUCUCAACUCCGACUACUCUAACUUCAGAUUGACCACGAAGACGGAGAUGGCAGCGGUCGUGUAUCAACCAGCGCACAAGAUUAG